AGACCUCGGAAAAACAGGAGGCCAAUUUUAAUAUCGUUCAGAUCACAUCUGAGGUCGUAGAAGAUCAUCUCACGUUAGUGCGGGUACGAGUGGAGCGGCACGCAGGACGCCUGGUGUUUGUUUGACGCGUGUGGAGGCACUCUGAAUAUAUUUAUAUGCUGUAUUUCACUCAUUAUCCUAAUAAGUGCUUCACAAUGUCCAAAUUUCACAGCCCAUCGCAGUAGUGAAGUCCACUUAACGCUGGUGGGUGAAUCAUCAUGUACACUGACUGACCUGCUGUGUCUAGUCGAAUAAUCAGGUGUGAAAUGAUCCAAGACACAUUUUUUCCUUUUUUUUUCUUUUUUAUAAACUUACUUUGACUCCGCAUUUCCUUCACUCCUGUUGUGUCAAAUUUGCUGGGGAACGAGUGGCCUGCGUUUCAGCGUGGAGUCGACGUCGAGCGGGGCAGAGAACCCAAAGAGAAUAGGAGUGUGUGACCGCCUCGCUUCAACUCGCUUCCACAGUGUUGUUUACAGCUCCUCUGUGCUGCUGCUGAGUGUCUGUGAUCACGUGAUCAACGGCGAGACGAGGAACGGUGCACGACUUCGCGGGGGGUCGAUCGUCAUGACGAACCUCAGCGUAGCUCUUGCCGCAGCCGGGGUGAUCGUACUGGCGCGGAGUGUCAGACUGAUGACCAAGUUUGGCGCCGCCUCAGAGAUCCCGGCAUGGUUCGUGGAGAAGAAUGUGAGGCUCCGAGGUUGUGUGCGCAGGGUCACGGAGACGGGCCUGCAGGUGGAACACGUCCCCAUACGAGUCCCGCUGCUUUCGCCCCUGCUGGGGAAACGCCACGUGGACGGCUUACUUGAUGUGCGUCUGGCUGGAGUGGACGUCGCAGAGGAGGGCCGGGCGUGGCUGCGGCAGAACCUGAUGGCCACAGAUAUGGUGUGGUUGCGACUCAUUCGACGGGAGGCUGACACCGUGGACUGCCUGGUGUCCGUGAGCAGGAACAUGUUGUUGAACACGUGUGUCAAUGAGGAGCUCCUGCGCCUCGGCUUGGGGAAGACCGUUCCCAUUACGGGCCUACACUACCGCUCCCGCCUCUACUGGGGGCUCCACAAGCGGCUCCUGAGGGCCGAGGCGCAAGCCGAGAGGCGGGGAAGGGGCCUGUGGAAGCGGCAGAGCGUGUGGACCAGAAUGAUGGAGGCCACAAGCCGCACUGCGGUAGCGAGACUCUUCAGAAAGCUGCUGAGACGGCCAUAAGAGUCAAAGGUCAACGAGGAGAACUGUGCUGCUGGUUUGCUUUGGAGAGUCGGGGCUUCACUAAUAAACUCCGUUUCCAUCCCAUUUGCACUUGGAGCCAAGAUUCCAUUGUCUCUGUGUACAAACUUGUGCUUUAUUGUUAUUAUUAUUUAUUCUUUUAUCUGUUGCUGCUCUUCAAAUUGACUAACAUUUCUUACUGUAUUUGUUCAGGGUUUAUAACUCAAGGGUUUUGCAGCAGGAGAAGGAUUUUGAUCUCAGGUCCUUGGAUUGCAAGGUUCCUCUGAGCACUACGCCACCUGCUGCCCCUCCUUAC